UACGGGCACUAUUUAGCGAGGCCUCGCGCGAUUCGGCGAGUGAAGAAAUUUUAAUUCGAACCGGAGUUUCUCGUCUAUACGUAUUAGCCGCCUGUCUGGUCGGUGGCAGAGCGUGAUAACUUGUGGGCUCGGCGCAUGCGGCCCACGGCCAUACCCGUGCUCGUACCUGUCAUGGAUUCCAAGGAUCGACCGCGAGCGCAGGCACGCGUGAUCGCACGAUUUUAUGCGUGAAAAUCAACGGGUACACCGAGAGAUCCGUGGACGACAGUAAUGUACGAUCAUGGGCCGGUGGUAAAGUGGUGAUCGCACGUCAAGCCGAGUGUCGCCGUCGCGUAAACAACCGUCCGAAGAUGAGCCAUCUCGACACGGGUUACGACGAGCCUUCUGUCACUCGGGCCACGGAUAUCGAGGAGCAGGUGGCAGCAAUCGCGCUGGAGCUUUAAGAACCCCGAGGGGCGCGGAGGCUGGAGAACGCAUUUCCCGUCGGUUACUUUGGAUCAGCCGAAGAAGGAGGAUCGUUUCCGAGGGAGCGCGGCGGACGUGCACAACCUGUGCGCACACACACACGCAUACACAGACGCGCGCGCGUUCUCGUUGCUCGUCAGCGCGGAGGACCGCCGUUCGAACGGGCAGGACGAUCGCUGAGAUAGGGGCUGCACGCGGCUAGGAUGAGGCAAGUGGUCGUGCUGGAGCCGGCUGGCAGCGUUCUGGUGAUCAGGCAGACUUCUCUUGGCGGCGGCGUCACUACCGGCAACACCAAUUCCAAUGCCGGAUCCAAUAACGGCCACGAGACCCAUGGGCUCGGCAAUCACGCCGCCGUGUCCACGAUUGCCUCCAAUGAUCACAAUCAGAACCGUAUCGUCGUUGUCCGCUCAUCCUCCUCGACCUGCAUGACCACCACGGCGGAUAAUCACGUGUCUGCGAACGGGAACGGGAACGUGAACGUGAACGUGAACGUGAACGCCAACUUGAACGCCAACUUGAACGGCAACGCCGGCGGUAUCGUGAGCAAAACGUCGUCGAAGGUCGGGGUUGGCGGCGGCGGCGGCGGCGGCGGCGGCGGUUCGAAGGCGAGCGAGAGAAACGAUCAUCCGAGGAACGAUCACAAGAGCCAGGACGGUAUCGGGACCGGCGAAUCGAACGCUGGAUGUCGUCCAAGGACGAGCAAGGAAGCCGCGCACGAGAACGUCUCCUUAGACAGGAAGCUCGAUGGCGCGGAUCCCAUCUCCGAUGGGGAUCCGAUAAAACUUCCGGAGAAUUUGGAGACCCUGCCACGAGCCGAGCAUUUCCCUACUCAGAGGCACCGAUGGAACACCAACGAGGUGAGUCACACGCAAACCGACGAUCCUAAUCUCGAAACCUGA